UGUUGUCUUUCCGGAAACUGUAACUCCACUUUUUCAUUUUAAACUUUACAUUCGUUAAACCGAACAAAUGGCGGAAAAAACAAAAAGCGUACUCCAACUUCCACAAGUAUAACUUAUUUUAUAGCACUGAGAUGUCACAGAAAAGCACCAGAGCUUCGGAUAGAAGACAGGUUGUUAAUCCCUUUAGCAGAAAAUACGGAUGGAGAAGUGGUAUUGAGAUAUUAGCUGGGAAAACAAUUAGGAAGGAUGCUGAUGGAUUCGAAGAUUUCAGAGAUUACUUAUCUGAGUCAGAGGCAGAGACCACCUCAGAGUUUUCCGCUGUGGAGGAUGUCUCGGUGCUAAAGGAGAACAGACAGAAUCCCUAUCCCCCUUCAAAGCUGGCGGGGAAAUAUCUGCCCCAGCCCUCUGCUCAUUCAACAGCGUACUCCUCCAUGUGUAGCCAGACCUCGCGGGGAGGGGCACUGUCGGAGGUCUACAAUGGGGACACUCUCGGGAUAUCUUCAAUCAAUAACAGCCAGAAAAAUAAUAGAAGACAGGUUGUAAAUCCAUUUAGCAGAAAAUAUGGAUGGAGAACUGGCAUUGAAAUAUUAGCUGGUAAAACUGUAAAGAAAAAUGCAGAUGGAUUCGAAGAUUUCCGAGAUUACUUAUCAGAGUCAGAGCCAGACAGUUUGAGCAGUUCAGGAAUGAACAGUUAUCUGUCAAGAACGGGGACCAACUUCACAAGAGAACCUUCCAAACUGACAGAAGAUCAUACACAUUAUGAUGAUAGCAUGUCUACAAGUGCUGAAGCCUCCCAUUCAGCGUCCGGAAUCAGAACCAGGUCUGUAGACAGUAUGGAGGAUGAUACCACCCAUGAGGAGGGAGACACACCCACUUAUACACGGACCCAGUCCAUGGCCAGUAAUAAAGAAUCUCUUGGAUCUGAAGAUGAAAAGACCCCAAAAGCAGAUAAAUCGUCAUACACUGCCAGUUCCAAUUCUCCAGACAAUGACCAGAUCAAUGGAAAAACUCCCACUCAGUCCUAUGAAGAAACCGGUGAGUUUACUGCAGGGACAGCCACUCACUCCCAGGGGAGUCCCUCACAGGCCGAAUCUGGUGGGCAGACACCCACCCAGGGUAGAAUAGAGGAACAUGCCACUGACCCAGAGAUCACAAAAGCCUCCCACAUGGACAUUGGCGGCAACAAGACGGGGUCGAUAACAAAGUCAGAGGAUUUCACAAAUAGUGUUGUGCCAAGCUUCAGGACUCGCAAAAGGAUAUCAUUUUCAGUCACUGACUUCAAUGCUAGCAGGAGAUCAUCUAAAGCAACAGCAGAGAACAAAAGUGAAGCCAGUAUACCAGUGACAGUACCAGGAGUAAAUCCAGACAGUGAUGCGGAUAGUGUGGAUAUUAUCAUUGUUAAUGAAGAUGAAGAGGAAACAGAUCGGAAAUCAAGGGGCAGGAAGAGUUCUCAGGAAACAAGAACAUCUGCCACAUUAAGAUCAUCUCAAGCUAAAUCAGAUGAUGAACAGGUCAAGAUCAAAGGCCAAGGUCGUAGAAGUUCAAAAUCUAUACAGAAUAAGAAUUCAUCCUUAGUUAAAAGAACAAGGGGUGCACGUGGAAAAUCUCUUUCCUCUUUGUUGCCACUGGAAACAUCUCAGCUUGAUUCCAGUGAAAAACAAUCGUCCCGGAAAAUUCGAGGAAGGAGUAUGGAUAAUAAUUCCAUGGAACUGAAUUCAUCAGACCGUAGAGAGCUAACAAAAGCUGUCAUAGAGAGUCAUGAUAGGAACAACAUGGAGAAAGAAGAGCUGGAUCAACAAGAUGACGAGACGGCAUCUAACGCCAGUCAGGAGUUUUUGUUCUUCAGAGACAGAAGGGUGGAGAAAUCCCAGACCAUGCUCAGUAAAACACAAGAAAUCAAGGCAACAAACAAGACUCAGCAUAAAAGAAAGUCAAGUCUCCUGGUCAAAUCACUGAGUGCAAAGGACACAGCUUCUGAUUUCAGUGCGGACGAUUCAGUGGAUCCAAACAUUGAGAUAGAGAAGUGGAAAAAGGGAAAGCCCAAAGUGGGAGGGAAAAGAAAAAAUGAACUUGAUGUCAAUAAGAAUAACAAUGUAGACGCAAGCGAUGAACCUCCACCUCAUUCUCCACCAAAGAAAUUGAAAGGGAAGAAAAGAGGAAAGGACAGCAGUGCUUCUAGAGGAAGAUCAAAAUCAAAUGAUGAUGAUGAUGAUCCAAAAAUACUUAAAGAAAAAAGUGGUAGGGAUAGUAAAGUUUCUGAUAAAGUAGUAGAUGAUGUGGAUACACAAGACAAUGAAGUAUUUAGUGAUAUAGAGGCAUCAGAGUUAGUUAUAGAGGAAGAAGUCACAAAUGGUUCAAAAUCAGUGAGAAAAAGGAAAUCUAGCUCUACCAAAGACAGUAUUCCAUUGGGAGUGUCAAGAAAUUCUGUGGAAAUUCCAAGUGUCACUGCUGUGACAAUGGCAGAGGACUCUGUGCAUCAUGCCAAUGAAGAAGGUGGAAACAAUUUAACAGAGAAGGAUGUGGAUAAUCAAGAAAGUGUGUCUACUACUGAAAAAAGGAGAGGUUCUAAAACAAGCAAAAGCAGUGUGUCUGAUUCUGAUUUAACUACCAACAAGACGCCUAGGAAUAGGAGUCAGAAGUUACCAACUAAAAAGUCCAGAAAGUCAUCCACAGACAAAUCACAUGUAUCAGACGUUAAUAAUAGUGAAGAAGUUACUGUUCCUAAAACAAAUGCUUCGAUUCAUGCGAGUAGAUACAUUCACAGUUUUUUGUUAGAUGACCAUGACAAGCAAGAGGAGGACAAUAGCAACAAGAGUUCAAGAUCCAAAAGUUUGGGCUAUAAAACAAGAAAAGCCAAGACCAGGAAUGAUUCGAUGAAAAGAAAACUGAACAGUGCUCAGAAAUCCAACAAGUUCCAAAGUAAAAGUUUUUCUAAUGGGAGAGGGUCAGUAAGAAAAGAUGUGCCUAGUCAGUCCGCUGCUGAUGUUAGUAGAAGGAAAUCAAUGAAGAAAUCCAGGAGUCUUCAUUCAGCUUUUAUUGGCACAAUGGAGAGUCUUCCAGGGAAGGAGGAUCUUCCAGAGGAUUCUGAAAUUAAUACUGUGGAAGAUAUUGACCCCAAUGACCUUUAUGUGGAAAAGGAGAAAGUAAAAUCCACAAGAAGUAAAAGAAAAGGACAGAAGCAGAGUCAACAACUAGAAGACAAACCUGAUGAAAGGAAAACAAGAACAAAGGGAAGACAGAAACUUGAAAAAUCAAAAAAGAAAAUGGAGAAUUCAGUUGAAGAUUCCAUGGAGGAGGGAGAUGUUGAAGAUGUUCAGAAUGAAGCUGAACAUAAUGAUGAUCAAAAUGAACACAAUGAAACUGGAAAUCGUUCCAUAAAGAAUAAAACAGGGCAAAACAAGGCAAAAAGUUUAACAACCUCUAAGAAAAGGAAAGGAAAAUCAGGCAAAAAAAACUUGAAUAAGAGUUUAGAUGAAGUGGAAAUGCCUGAGGAAGUUGCAGCAGAAGUGGCUAAUGAAGAUUCAGUAGACCUGACAAAUGGUGAUGUAUUGAGGGAAGCUGAUGACGGAACAAAUAUGGAUGACAAUGAAGCAAUGAAUGACCAGCCUAGUGUUCAUGAUGAAGUUCAGCAGGAAAAUGCAUUAAGCAGAAAACAGAGCCUGGCAAUGACCCCAGUCUCUGUGUACCAGGUUGAUGAAGACCUACUGAAGAGCGGGGUCUCAUUUAGACAAAGGAACCGCACCCUAGUCAAAAACUCAACCAUGAAUUUUACCACAUUUGACAAAACUCCAGUUGCUCGAAAGAAGCAGAUGAGUUUUAUGGAAUCCCCUGGUCCAGGUCUGACCCCGAUACUGAGACAGCCAGGGUCAGUCAAGCGAGGCAAGAAGCGGAGGGUGACCAUCAACCAUCUAGUGCAGGAGCAGUCUUUUCAAACUGGAGAGCAUGAGAGACUGUCCACCAGUGUUGGUUCCCUGUCAUCGAUGUCUCUCAAUACAACACCUGUCCACAUCUUCCAGACAACCACCAGUGAAUCCCCUGUUCCACAGAUGCUAAUGCCACCACAGCCCAAAAUAUUCCUUCCUGAGGAUGCCCCUGAUGGCCUCAGAAGGUCACGAAGAGUUCGCUGCCAACCCGUGGCCUGGUACAAAGGGGAGCGAUUGGUGUAUGAACGAAGAAAGUCAGGUCUUGGCAUUAAGAAAGUUGUGCCAUCUCAUGUAGAGAUGCUAAUGAUGGCCCAGGAAGCCAAACGGAGGAAGAACGUCCUCAAGCGAAGACGCCAAAAAGGUAAACAGGUAAAAAGUACCCCCUCCCCCAGGAGAAAUCUGUCAGUUCACACCACUCUGGACCCUGAGCUUCAGGACGGCAGUGAUUCAGAAAUCCCGGUCAUGAUCCCUGGUACAGAUGAGGAAGUUAUUAUGGAGUGCUUCAGUUCCAAGGAUUCAGAGGUGUUUGUUGGGCCGUCAAAACACGACCCGAUUUCAUCGGACCCAUACGUCAUGUCUCUGCGACUGAAUCAGAAGCAGUUUAUGAUGGGUAGCCUGUACUUGAGGCCGCUGAAAACAAAGCCGGAGCAAAUUGUCAAUAAAGGAACCAUGGUGUUUUGUCUGCUCAAAGGGAAGAUUUCAGUGACCAUUCACAGAACCAAGAGAAUUAUGGAGGCUGGUGACAUGUUUUUUAUUCCACAAGGUAACACCUACAGUAUGGAGAAUCUGAGGAGAGAGGAGGCACGGCUAACGUUCUCCUGUUACAAGUUCGGAGAGGACGAAUCUUCAAGUUCCAGUGAAUGAACGCCAUUCAUGAACAGAACCAUUAAAGGGGCGCAUUAUUCCAAUUAAGUCAGUGGGAGCCAAUUUUAACAACGGGACAUUGUUUGAGUGUCAUAUUUGUACACUGUCUAUCAGCAGGCUGUUCCAAGAGUGUCAUACAUCUAGGUGACCAUGAUGCUGUAGUCUGCCACAAGGUUACAGGCUAUGUGCUACAUUUUCAUUUAAUUAAAUGAAGGUAUAAAUGUAUCUCUUUAUAGAAUUGUUUUAUCACAUUUACCAGUAAGCAUUUUCUGAUUGUUGCUUGGUUGUACAAAAAAGAAACAAUGUAUAUUUGCUUUGUGAUUGUAUUAGUGUAAUUAGUUGCUUAUGAAAAACUAUAUUGUACCUUCAAAUUGGUAUUAAAUCAUUUUUGUGACAUUGAAAACAAAAAAAUAAUCUUAAAAAGUUUCCAAAUUUGUUAUAAUUCUUUUAAAAAUUAUACAAAUUUAACUAAAGUUGGUGUUAUUUGCCUGGGCAAAUGUAAUAUGAUUAUGUAAAAUAAUAUGUAUAUUAACAACAUUAUUUUUCAUAAGUAUAUAAAUAAACAUUGAACUAUAAAAAAAGAAGAAAUUGUGUUUAACAUGAUGUGUAUUUUAGAUUUUUAACAUUUUCAAAGAAUGCAUGAUUUUCUAAUUAUACUUUGGAAAAGUGCUUUUAAGGUGAGGU